CAAAAGCCUCAGGGUCUGUCUCUGACGUCCAUGUCAUCGCGCCCCCUCGGCGCCUGCGUCCCUGCUUGACGCCGCCCAAUGCCCUUCCAGACAUCGUCUCUGGCAUUCAUGGCCGUGACCAACGCCGCAACCACCGCUUCCUCCGCAUAUCCCUCGUCAACAAGCUCUACAACCGCCGCGACCGCUGCCAGCGCCAUGUCUUCCUCUGACGAUGGCGGCAUGGCCCGCGGCGCCAACUAUUUCUUCGGAUUCCUGAUCACCUUCGUCGCGCUGCUUCUCAUCUUUGUGGGCUGUGGGGUCGGGACGAGGCAUAGGAGGAUGCGCGGGGGGACUGGGUUCAUGUUCGAUUGGAAUACGCCGGCUGAGGUUCCCAAGGAGGAGCCCCGGCUGUACGAGGGGUAUCUGGAGAAGGCGCAGGGGGAUCUUGCAUGGGUGGACGUUAUGCCGGUCUCAGCGACCAUCCUGCGAUCAAAGGCAGACGAGCCGGUCUCGUCCUCAUCAAGCGAGUCACAACCUCCAGCUCGGAGAACCUGGCUCGACAGACUGCGUCGGCGCGCUACACCCCCUCCUAACGUCCGCGUUGCCCGCCCAUCCGAGGACAUCGAGCGGAAAGCGCGUCGGCCGCGAACGCCCUCGCCCCCGCCGCCGGACGAGACGCUGCAGAUCACCAUGAUGAUCGCUAUGCCCACCCCGCCACGACCACCAAACGACACCACGCCGGACGACGAGCGUGGACUGGACGAGUAUCAGCUGGGCGUGCUGCAGAAGCCUUGGCGCGCGCCACCCCAGUCCCACGCAGGCCCGUCCCUGUGAUCACGAUCCGCCCACGCUACUUUAUCCUAUCUUCGCCUUGUGUAUGUUCUUCUGUACUUGUAGCUGCCAGUUGUCUGUAUCCUGCACACAUCGUCUAUACCGCCAUAUGUGGACAAUCUAUCUCACCUCUGGGUUCUGGAAACAUCGCGGCUGAGGCUUAGGAGGGCAGCGCUGUUACUCUCAUAAGUCAUAUACUUCUUCGUAGAGACAGGACAAUAGUUGGGGAGAUUGUAGCUUCCACGUUGCCUUUUUACCUCCGAUACGCAUUGGGUGACCUUGGG